AGCAUGCAUCAAUUCUUUCAUUUUGUUUGAUUGUCUCGCGGGCUUUGCAUUGUUAUGGCGGUAUCUUUCGAAACUUAAAGUUCAGACGUCAACUGCUGAAAUCUUUAAAUACCCUCUUCGACUACACAAAGACAGGGUUAGAGGUGGGCCAGUAUCAUUAUGUCAUCUCCAGCUGGACUCCAGCAAGGGCAGUCUCACUUCCUCUCUCAGUGGAUGCCGGACAGCUCCCGCGCUGGGGUGAUAUUACAUGGGUCCCCAGGAGAAAUGGAAUCUGGGUCCAUCCGGAGCCGUGGUAGUCUGGUGGUUCAAGAUCCAGAUGAUUCCUUCAGCUGCCAGUUUGCCCCGCUACCUCUCUCCCGUAGCAGUAGCUGCGGCAGCGUGGACAUGUGCAGUCCAGGUGAACGUGGCACAACGCUCAGAGAAAUGGAGCCGUUUGGUGCAUCUUUAAGCAAUGAGAUGCAAAGUUUCCAAGACAUUUUAAGAAACACACAAGGUCUCCCAUUAAUAGCUAAGCUUGAACAGCUGAAGCAAAUGCAACAUCGCAUGCAGGAGCAGCUUAAAGCCCACCAGAAGGAACCGCUGCAUAGAGUACAACAGGAACAGCAGAGACUUCUAGAAAUAGCACAGAAAACUGCAGAGUCCAUUAUGUGGAACCAGGAACAAAGUGUAGUAGAGUUGAACACUAGACAUGAUGACAUUAAUCAUGAUUACAAAGAAUCAAUUCAGUCUACAAUUGAAGAUCAAACUGUGUAUGGGAAAGAGUGUGACCCAGAGCCAGAGAACAGACCUAUUAGAUCUGGUUUUGUUGGGAGAACAUUUGAGGAAAUACUGGAGGAGCAGCUCAAGAUGGAAGAUCAGAAACGAAUGGGCAAGAAUGCCCCUGCUGAACUCGUGAAAGUAAAGAGACCUUUCCUUAAACGCGGAGAAGGUCUAGCCAGGUUUACAAGGGGGAAAGCUGUGGAACUGUCACACAGAAAAAGUCCACCAAACCCAAUGCCCACAUCAUGCCAAAAUCCCAAAGUUUCCCAAGACCUGGACAUGAGAUCCAAAAGGAAAUCGGUUUUCAGCAAAAAUGAAGGCUCAAAAUCCACACACCCUGUGAUCCAACGCAAGACUGCAGUGCUCAACAAAGAGAACUUUCCUCUAAAUAAGACUGCAGCGGUAGUUACCAAGACGACUGUUCAACCCUGUGUUCUUGGUGCACAUCAGGGUCAGAAUGUAGGUUCCAUCUUGACUCAGUACCAAAGCCAGAGAGAUCCUUCAUCUCCGCAGAAGGUCAACAGUAUCACUAAUACAGAUGCUGUUAAGGAAGGUGCAUGUAACUCUGGAGAGGAUAACAUUUGUGUUGCGGAAAACUCAUUUGAGGUGUGGUUCACAGAGCGAAGGGAGCGCUGGGAGCAAGAUCACUGGCGUGAGUGCGCUGAACUUGGUGAAUUUGAGUUGCUAGAACAAGCAGCGGAUGAAAUAUCCUUCUCCAGCAACUCGUCCUUCAUCAGCACCCUCCUUCAAAGAGACCGCAGGCGUCUCUCCUCCACGCCCAUAAAAUUUUCAAAUCAACCUGCACUACCUAGUCGUGGUCAGGGUACUGCAGUAGCUCCUUGUCCCGAGGCAGGCCAUAGUGUAUCUGUACUUCCCACAAACAGUGUGUUUGUGAGAGAUGCUAUCAUCAUGGGGCAAAAGUUACUAAUGAGCAAGCUCUCUGAAGAGGAAGCUGACGAAAAGUUAAAGGAUGACAAAAAUCUCAACACCUCACAGUGCAGCACCUCAGAGUUGCAACACCAUCCCAUUUUGUCCAAUCCACCCAUAAGCCACUGCUUUCAAGUUCCCACCCUACCUUAUGAUAAACGUUCCUAUCAGGACAAGGACGGAGCAAGCAGUCCAGAGGGGGACAAGAGAAAUUCCAGUAACAAUGGAGACUCUACUCUGGUAGACACAAGGGGCCAAUUAGAGUUUGAUGAUGAUGAUACCUGGAAUGAACCUGAGGAUGUGACCUGCAAUCCUACAGUGGAAUCCUUAUCAGAAAGGGCACUUAAAAGGAAGGUUGCCUUCUCUAAGGGAGAAAAAUUAGUAAGUGGUAGUCCCAGUGCAGUUGGAAAGGAGAAAGAAGCUCCACCCACAUGCCAGUUGGUAUCAAAGCUGUUUCCAGCACUAAAGAUAAAAGUCUCUCCUUCGGUAAAGGUGCAGGAGCCACAGACCUUGCACAGUGAAGGAGCAGCUCAGUCAAGGCUGCUUCGUGAGCGUUUGGUGGAGCUGGAAACUGAGAUUGAACGGUUUAAAUCUGAGAAUGCAGCACUGGCCAAACUAAAGCAGGAGAACCAGGACAAAAUAGAGAAUAUCAAGAAAGAGAGGGCUGAAUUUGAAAAGAAGAGGAUGGAGGAAAGUGCAAAGUGGGAGGAGUAUAAAAGGGAAGAGAAUAAGAAACUGCAACAAGAAAAGAAACUUUUCAGAAAGCAUGCAGCAACUGUGAGAGCAAGACCAGACAAACAAGAACGAGAUGAGAUCCAGGCUCUAAAGCAACAGAUAAACGUGCUGCAGGAGGAUUUAUGCAAACGAGAAGCUCGUUGGAGCAACACACACAGACGUCUGCUGCAGCAGGCAGAUGCCAUGAGUGCAGAGAAUGCGUCUCUCAGAGACCAAGUGCGGACACUGGAGAAAUUGCGCCUCAGUGCAUGGAAAAAUGCUGAGAGUGAACGAGAGAGAGAGCAGGAAAGAGGAAAGUUCUGUACGUCAGGCAAUAGAAUCUGUACCGGAUCCAAAUGUUCAGAUUCCAGGAGUGCUUCCCAGAUUUCAAAAAGCAGCAGCAGCUGGAAGGGAAAUCCGGAGACACAGACAGCUCCCACAGUCUUCGAUUCUUUCUCUGAUCAAGUGAAAGAGGGGAUCAGCUUAAAAAAUGACCACAGCCCAGUGAGAACCCAGUGCUCAGAUGUACUGAUUUUGCCUGAGAUGAACAAUCAUACUCUUCCCAACAUGGCUAUUAUUGGACAGUCAGAGGAGGAACAGGAAGAGAUCAUGCAUGCAGACAGCAAGAUAGAAAAGGUGCUUCCUGAUGGAGGGCGAAUCAUUGUUUUCCCAAAUGGUACGAGGAAAGAGCUCUCCGCAGAUGGACAGAUGGUUAAAGUAACAUUUUUCAAUGGAGAUGUUAAGCAUACAAUGCCUGAUCAAAGAGUGAUUUAUUACUACGCAGAAGCCCAGACCACACACAUCACGUACCCUGAUGGUAUGGAAGUGCUUCAGUUUCCUAACAAUCAAACAGAGAAACAUUUCCCAGAUGGUCGUAAGGAAAUCACUUUCCCUGAUCAAACAGUUAAAAGUCUUUAUCCUGAUGGGAGAGAGGAAAGUGUACUCACAGAUGGAACAAUAAUACAACUGAAUCCGGAUGGUAGUAAGGUGAUCCAGUUUAAUACAGGUCAGCGAGAGGUCCACAAUACAGAUUUUAAGAGACGGGAGUAUCCAGAUGGUACGGUAAAAACUGUUUACUCGGACGGACGGCAGGAGACCCAAUACCCCACAGGUCGUGUGCGCUUAAAAGAUGCACAUGGUCAAGUCACUAUUGACACCAAGGCAUAAAAGGUCUAAAACUUGACACAUUGUUUUAUUGAAAAUUGAAUGAAAAGUGGACUUGAAUUAAUAUACCAUGUGAAUGUAUAUAUUGUGUUAAUGUGUGAAGUAUUUAAUUGUGUAUUUUUUGUAAAUUAAAUCUUUUUAUAA